CGCGGCGGGGGCGGGCGGGGCUCGUGCGCUGCGGCAUCCCGGCGCGAGCCGCCCCGACGUAGGGCGAGGGGUGGCGGCCCCGCCCGCGCCUGGCCGGCGGAGGGCAGCUCCCCGCUGGCGACAGCCGCCGCCGGGCGCGGGGAGGGGGCGGCGGCGGGGCCCGGCGGGGCCGCGGGCGGGUUUAUAUGGCGGCGGUUCUGUCCGUCCUGGCUGCCAGGCUCUCCCAGUCGGCCGCGGCCAGGUCCUACGGGGUGUUCUGCAAGGGGCUGACCAGGACCCUCCUCAUCUUCUUCGACCUGGCCUGGAAGCUCCGCAUCAACUUCCCCUACCUCUACAUCGUCGCCUCCAUGAUGCUGAACGUGCGACUGCAGGUCCACAUUGAGAUCCACUGACUUGUGACUUGGUGUGCUGCUUGCACUGUAUGCUGCAACUAGAGUCCAUUGCACUCUUCUUCAAACUCAGCCUGUCGUGAAACAGCAAAGCUAUGCUCAUUGUCUCUAGGAGUAUGAAGAAAGAAGAUUUAAAGCAGAAACAAGUACAUGACAGUGGCCCAAAUCAUCACAAGGCAGCAGCUCACCUGACACACAUGCAUUCCAUGUUGAACAAUUCUCAAAAUCAUAGUAGCAGUUUACAAGAAUUAUUUUAUUUUAACACCAGGAAUUGUUCUCUCUUUACUACUAUACCUCUGCCUUCUGUUGGCAAGGAAAUGCCUCUGAGUUUGAGUGAAUCAGCAGGGGGGAACUCGAGUGCAGCUGCUCAUUGGAAGGAUUCAUUUCAUCUGCAUUUUUCUCCUGGGAAAGACAGUCUUAAUGGGGUUUCUCACUGCAUCAAUAGUAUUUCAGUAAUGGGCUGGCUGGAGAAAGCUUGUAGUUCUGCUGGAGACUUUAGCCCAUGCUGUCCAGGAGACAACUCUGUAUGUUUUGCACACUUCUGGCUGGGAAGCUUGCAGUAUAAUAAAACACUGCAGUUUCUGGAAUUAGAAAUGAGCAGUAGUGAAGAGAAUGAAUUGCAGCUUGCAUUUCUUAAAGAGUUGGAGUUUGGUGGACUUCCUGAUCUCGAUUCUAUUCCAGUUGCCUCAUGGAAUGAAUACUCUAUGGGACUCUUAAACAACCAGAAACCGUGGUUUUUUCUUUGUUACUUAAACCUUGUAUCUUCAGAGCAAACAUUUGGAUACAAGCAAAUGCUUUCAAAUAUACAAUAUGUGACUAAUCAUUUUUACAUCAUACAGAUAGUAAUUUCUGUGCUAGCUUUUGCACUAGCAGGUCUCUGGUAUGCAGUAGUGAAGGUAAAAAAGUACUAAGAUUUUAGUAAUUACUAUUUUUAACAUUAAUAGAAAGUUAAAUAAUGGAGACAAGGUUGCAGUUCAGGUUUUAGUGAGAAGUAGACAACUAAAGUAAAAAUUAUACUUGUGUAAUUGCUAGUAAAACUGGCUGUUGGAAGAAUAGGGACUUUUUUUGUAAAGAAUAUCUGCAUCUGGGUGGAGAGGACUGUGUAAUCUCAAAACUCUGGGACUUCUGCAGGUCUGCCAUUAACACUAGACUAGAACCCAAUGUGAUAGUUCAGCACAGAUCCUUUGUUUUCUCUAGGGUUUGUAUUAGUGGAGUAGUUUGGCUACUAUUUACAACCAUUUCCAAUUAAACUGUUUCUUAGAGAACUGAACUCCUGCUCUGAAUCCAACAGUAACUAAUGUAUCGGACCUUAAAACACUUCGAACUGGAAGGCUGUUCAGCAGUGUUUCUUUUCAGGGAUGGUACUGCUCUAAUUUAAAGGUUAUCUCAUGAGCUUUAUUGAGGUACAACAGACACUAUAAACAAUUUUCUAAAAGAAUGUUUUCUUCCCUUGAAAAAGUUACUGUUAUCACUGAAGCAUAGUAAUAAUUUCUGGGCCUGUUGACUUUGGCUUUGGGACAGACUUCUGACAACAGGGUUUGGCAAAGAAUGGAGCAAGAAUGUUGGAAUCGAUAGAGCCUGUGAAUAAGAAUUUGCAGGAAUAAGCUCAUGUCGGCACUUAGAUGGAGAAGCUCAUUGUGCAGUAGGUCAAAAUUUGAACUUGGUGUCCAAAAUUCUCAACAUGGGAGCUGGUGGGCUUAUGUGCUCUAGGGGUUUACCUAAAGAGGAAGGUAUUUAUAUGGUAAGUUAGGAUGUGUUUUCAGCUCACCUUUCACUCCAAGUUAAAAUUUAGGACUUGAUGCAGAGUAAAGUCAUGCCAGUGAUUCAUGCACCAAGUAUCCUUUUUGCUAGCUAGCUUGGUUCAUUUUGGAAAGUGAGUAAGUGAUGUUGCAUUCAGUUUGAACUGAAUUCACCUGGAAAGCCAGUAGAGUUUCUAACAUGAUGUUUAGUUGGGUGUUAGCACAUUUGCAUGGAGAAGUCCUUGAUUAUGAAGAUGAGAUGCUGGUUAUCAGUUUUAUGGGGAGAAAUGUUGGAGUUUCUUAAUCUUAUUUGAGUGCUGGAAGUAAGAUAUACUGCUUUUUAUGUUAAAUCGUAUGUUAUGUUUUUGUUCCCAUUGGCUGGCUAUUUCUUCUGGAUGUUAGAUAAAAAUCCAUUUCCUUUAAUUUAGAAAAUAACUUUCCCUGGUGUGUACUUUUAUUAAUUGUUUAACUUCUAGAAUUUUGAUGAUGAUUACCUGUCACAAAAUUAUCAAAAACCUCAAAAUAAUAAUGGAUUACAUGUUGUAAGUAAUUAUUUUGACAACAGUUUCCUCUUAAGCCAUUCAUACUAUUCACUGCCAUCUCCACUGCUGCAGUUUAUCAGCCUUGCAGUGGUAUUGACACAAGUGUUUGUGGAUCAAGAUUGCUGAAGUGAUGUAGAUCUGAAACCCCAAAACACCACAAAGACACUUCUGCAAAAGUCUGUGGCUUAUUUGAGUUACGGUGUUGGGCUGUUGUCUGCAUACAGCUUGACCCAAAAAAACACUUGGCAGAGCUGAGGGUAGAGGAAUGAAGGUGGGGAGGGGUUACAGCCCAUUUAAGCUGGCUUGAUGGCUAAAGAAAACAUGGUGCAACUGCAUCUUAAUCUCUGUAACUAGCUGUACAGGUAAAGAAAUACCCUUUUCCUGUAUGGUGAGCUGCUUUUUUAAAGUUGCACAUGAACACAACCCUGCAUCCACAACUGAAUGCCUGAACUUUACAGAUUGGCACAGCUGUAUCUGUAGUUGUUACUUGAGACUUUGUUCAGCUAAAUGGUUUGACCUGGAAGAUUCUCUGCUUGGCAAACCAUUUGGUAACCACAUAUUUAGGGAACUACAGUUACAUACAACAAAAACUUGUAGGCGAUAUUGUCAGGUUAAUAGGCAAGAGGAGUAGCUAAAGGCAUAAAAGAAUUAAUCCAGUUUUUAACACUCCUAGUCUUCAUGGUGAUUUUAAAGGGCGGAAAAAAGAGGGGGACAGGAAACAAUAACAAAACAUGAGAGAAACCACCUGUAAAUUAGAAUUUAAAUGUGUGUACAGUGGGGUGCCAAGGGCUAUCUCUAUUGAUGACAAGUCUGUGCAGGAGUGGAUCUUGGAAUGCUGAAUCAUGCUAUGUAUCACUGUAUGUCCAGUUUUAAGCAAAAUUUGCCUUGAGUGGCCUUUAAUCACUUACUACAGGAUCACUUUAAAUAGAUACAAUACAGCUAAGCGAAAUGAUGGAUUUUUUUGUAUAUUAUAUGUAAAUUGAACAUAAAAUAUAAAUAAUGUCUUGAGUGGAUUUAAUCCAUUUUAAUGUACUUUGCCUUGGAUUUUAUUGCUUAAAACCUAAAAGGUAACUUUCUAACUUGAACAUUCCUUCUGAAAUUCAAAUAAAGGAUAGUUUGGUAUGUUAAAA